UCUUCAUUGACUCAUUGACAUUGACAUGACAUUGGUUUCUGCUGUAUAUAAAGAUUCCAUAUAAUCUGAAAUCUAAGGCAAGUCCUUCAACACUAGGAAGAGGACAAUGGAAGAGCCAUUUCUUCGGAGAGACGAGGAGUUAGUCCCCGAAGCAAAGACAUGGCAAAGAAGUCAGCUCACCGUCGAGCUGAAGAAAGUGAGCCGCUUGGCCGCUCCUAUGGCCACCGUCACCUUUUCUCAGUACCUUUUACCUGUCAUCUCAGUCAUGGUCGCUGGCCACAAUGGCGAGCUCAAGCUCUCCGGCGUCGCUCUUGCCACCUCCUUCACAAACGUCUCCGGUUUCAGCAUUAUGUGUGGAUUAGUGGGUGCUUUGGAGACUCUUUGUGGCCAAGCUUUUGGAGCCAAACAAUACGAAAAAAUUGGAACCUACACAUACUCUGCAGUUGCCUCCAACAUCUCAAUUUGUUUCUUUAUAUCAAUUCUUUGGAUUUACAUCGACAAGCUCUUGAUCUCACUCGGACAAGACCCUGAAAUCUCCAGAGUAGCAGGCUCCUACGCCGUUUGGCUCAUACCGGCUUUGUUCGGCCAAGCAAUUGUCAUACCGCUGACCCGGUUUCUACAGACACAAGGGUUGGUUCUUCCUCUUCUUUAUACUGUCGUGACCACCCUUUUGUUCCAUAUCGUGGUUUGCUGGAUUUUGGUUUCUGUGUUUGGUAUGGGAAGCAAUGGAGCUGCUUUGGCUAUUAGUUUGUCUUUCUGGCUUUAUGCUUUGAUACUCGCUUGCUAUGUGAGAUUCUCCAGCUCUUGCGAGAAGACUCGCGGCUUUGUAUCUGCUGAUUUUGUGUCUUGUGUCAAGCAAUUCUUCCAUUACGGAAUCCCAUCAGCAGCAAUGACUUGUCUAGAAUGGUGGCUAUUUGAGCUACUCAUUCUCUGCUCAGGUCUUCUCCCUAACCCUAAACUAGAGACCUCUGUUCUUUCGAUAUGUCUUACAAUCGAAACUUUGCACUAUGUGCUUGCAGCUGGAAUCGGCGCGUCUGUGAGCACACGCGUGUCAAACAAUUUGGGAGCUGGGAAUCCUCAAGUUGCUAGGGUAUCAGUAUUAGCAGGGCUUUGUCUCUGGCUGAUAGAGUCCGCUUUCUUCAGCACACUUCUCUUCACCUGCAGGCACAUCGUUGGCUACGCAUUCAGCAAUAGCAAAGAAGUUGUGGACUAUGUCGCGGACCUAUCUCCUUUGCUCUGUCUCUCCUUCGUCCUCGACGGAUUUACGGUAGUACUUAAUGGGGUUGCUAGGGGAAGUGGAUGGCAACACAUUGGAGCUUGGAACAACGUGGUGUCUUAUUAUUUCGUAGGAGCUCCUGCUGGACUUUACUUAGCUUUCAGUCGUGAGUUCAACGGAAAAGGAUUAUGGUGCGGUGUGGUGGUUGGAUCUUCUGUCCAAGCCACUAUACUUGCUAUCGUCACAGCAUCCAUGAAUUGGAAAGAACAGGCUGAGAAAGCGAGGAAGAGAAUAGUCUCAACUGAAAAUUGACAUAAACGAAGGGUGUUUCUUAAUUAGUCAAUUAGUCAAGGGUUUUUUUUUUUCAAUUUUGGUAUACAAAUGUAACAGUUCCAUAGUCAACAAAUGAAUAAAAACCUCACUGUUUCCAAAUUUUUACGUUAAAGUGUAACUAUCGAGUUAUUUUUGCAGAGACGAAUUGGAAUAAAGUAAAU